UUUGUGGAUCACUCAUGUGGACAACCUAACGGUGCAAGAGCUCCAUCUCCUGCUAAUAAUCCACUACUAGGAUCCUUACCAAAGGCUGGAGGGUUUCCUCCUCUUGGUGAACAUGGGCCUUUUCAUCCUACUCCAGCACCUAUGCCAACACCCCUGGCUGGUUGGAUGUCAAAUCCUACCAUUGUAGCACAUGCUGCAGUUUCUGGAGGAGCCACUAUAGGUCUUGGUACUGCUAUAGGUCUUGGUGCACCAUCAAUCCAUGCUGCUUUGAAGGACCCUAGGACCCCUCCAACUAAUCCUUCUGUUGACUACCCAUCUGGAGAUUCAAAUAAUGUCUCUAAGAGAACAAGACCAAUGGGAAUGUCGGAUGAGGUAAAUCUUCCUAUCAAUGUGUUGUCAGCUACGUUCCUAGGUCAUGGUCAUGGCCAGGCUUUUAAUGCACCAUAUGACUUGCCAAAGACUAUUAUGCGGACUCUGAACCAGGAUUCAUCUCCUAUGAGCAUGGACUUCCAUCCAGUUCAACAGACUAUACUUCUUGGCUGCUCUUGUCAAAGAUCCAGGUGUUUCUGUCAACCGUGUGAUUUGGAGUCCAGAUGGUGCUUUAUUCGGAGUUGCUUACGCAAGGUACAUUGUUCAGAUAUACUCUUAUCAUGGUGGCGAUGAAGUAAGGCAGCACUUGGAGUAUCUGUACCUUUAAUUAAGGAGCGAAAUUUCAUUGAUUGGAAGACUCUAAAAGCAUGCUUUUAAUGCUUUUGGGGAGUCUUGUGGAUCGGUGAUUCUGGAUGCAGGGGUGAAUAUUAUCUAGCUUUUAUUUCUUAAUCCUCGUUGAAAACCACCUUAGAUUUAUGUUCAUGUAACGUGUUUUUAGACUUAGUGGCGAAAAUU